UCAAGUUAACCAAAAAUCUAGGCCACACCAGGGAGGAUGAGACAACGUUGCUCCUUAAAUAAGCAAUGCAGAAUCAACCAGAAAUGGUGACGGAUGUUACCACAAUUCUGUCUGAAACAGGGCAGGGAGAUGACACUUACCUCCUUUCCUCUAACUUCUCUAUUACUGCCUCCUGCAACAUUGAUGAGUCCUACAAAUACAUCUUCCUACCUAUCUGUUACUCCUUCACAUUUGUCUUCAGCAUCAGCCUUAACUCUGUGGUGCUUUAUCGGUCCUUUCGCCAAACCAAGCAAUGGAAUGCAUCCCUAAUCUACAUGGUGAACUUGGCCACCACAGACUUUAUGUACGGUCUUUCAUUGCCGUUUCUUGUGGCUAGUUAUAUAAUGCAUGACAACUGGGUCUUCGGAGACUUUAUGUGUCGCCUGGUGCGCUUUCUAUUCUACUUUAAUUUGUACUGCAGCAUUUUUUUCCUCACCUGCAUCUCUGUGCAUCGCUACCUAGGGAUCUGCCAUCCUAUGAAGACCAUUACUCUGGAGACCAAGCGGGCUGUGAAGGCAACUUGUGUUAUUGUGUGGCUUGCCGUCUUUGCACUCACAUGCCCAAUUUUUCGAUUCGCGCAGACAGAAUAUCUCCCUCGUAGAAAGGAUGCUGGAGCUUUAGAGUUACAUGAAGUAAAUGGUGACAGUUCAAAAGGUGAGCUGUUCCAGAACUGCUGGGAUGAUGCUAUUGAUAAGGAGUUUCAGGACUAUGUUCCAUAUGGAAUAACCCUUCAUCUCUUGGGUUUCUUUGUGCCAUUUAGCAUAAUUGCCUGGUGUUACUCACGUGUGGUUAUGACAAUAUUUCAAACUCUGCACUCCCAACCUCCUGAUAAUGGACUCAGGACAAGGCAAGGAAGCAAGGCAGGGACAGAGGGAAUGUCAAUAAUUCUGGGAGCUCAUUCACCUUAUGUGAACAGGCGUCGCAAGUCCAUCAAGACCAUCAUAACUAUUACACUUCUUUUUGCCCUGUGCUUUUUUCCCUUUCAUGUUACACGUACAAUUUUUUUGGUGUUGAAAGUAACCAGUAAAGUGCAGUGCCAUACGAUGCGAAUGGUCUCCAUUUGUUACAAAAUUACUCGCCCACUUGCCUCGUUUAAUGCCUGGCUUAAUGCUUUGCUCUAUUUCCUCACCAAAGAAAAAAGUGGGCCCUGCUGCCACAAACCACAACCUUCCCAUCAUGGGCUCCUUUGGCCUUUGAGGAUGUUGGGGAAAGGAGGAAAUGACGAAGAUGAAGUUGAAGAGGCAGUUAACCAUAAAAACAUAAAACUUACAGUGGAAAACAACAUUUUUACAGAUGUUCCAUAAGACAAAACUGAGGUUUUCAAAAGCUACUAAAGCUAGUAAU